GCCGAACCGGGGGGCGGGGGGCCGGGGUGAGCGCUAAGAUGGCCGCCCCGGCUCGGGCUGAUUUCUUCAGUGGCUCUAUGUUGCUCAUAGGCCCUAGAAGCAAGCUUGGGGAUGAUUAGGGCAAGUAAUUCUCUGAGUCCCAGGUACCAGCGAGUGGCCUUAGAAGGGGAGUUGCUGGUGUGUGCAGACUUCAGGUGGCCACAUGCCCUUGGCCUUGCUGACUACACAUUAGUAGAGGAGGGCCACAGCAAGGAUCCCCUAAAGUGGUUGUUUAGGUCUAGAUGCAGACCAUGCUACUGUGUGUUGAGAGUAGACUGUUGGUGGCAGUAAGGACAGAAGUGGAGAGACCAUCUGGGAGCCUUACUGCAGUAAUCCAGCCAACUGUCAAGUCUGUUCGGCCUCAGAGUAUGUUAUAGAGCCAUGAAUUAAAGUUUUCAGAUGCUUCAAGUGUUGUGAACAGAGACUUGUUUGGAUUAUGCAUUUCUCAGCUAGACUAAAUAAAUGCUAGCAAUGGAUAAGUGCAAACAUGUUGGGCAGCUGCAGCUUGCUCAAGACCAUUCCAGCCUCAACCCUCAGAAAUGGCACUGUGUGGACUGCAACACGACCGAGUCCAUUUGGGCUUGCCUUAGCUGCUCCCAUGUUGCCUGUGGAAGAUAUAUUGAAGAGCAUGCACUCAAGCACUUUCAAGAAAGCAGUCAUCCUGUUGCAUUGGAGGUGAAUGAGAUGUACGUUUUUUGUUACCUUUGUGAUGAUUAUGUUCUGAAUGAUAAUGCAACUGGAGACCUGAAGUUACUACGAAGUACAUUAAGUGCCAUCAAAAGUCAAAAUUAUCACUGCACAACUCGUAGUGGGAGGUUUUUACGGUCCGCAGGUACAGGUGAUGAUUCUUAUUUCUUACAUGACGGUGCCCAAUCUCUGCUUCAAAGUGAAGAUCAACUGUAUACUGCUCUUUGGCACAGGAGAAGGAUACUAAUGGGUAAAAUCUUUCGAACAUGGUUUGAACAAUCACCCAUUGGAAGAAAAAAGCAAGAAGAACCAUUUCAGGAAAAAAUAGUAGUAAAAACAGAAGUAAAGAAAAGACGGCAGGAAUUGGAGUAUCAAGUUAAAGCAGAAUUGGAAAGUAUGCCUCCAAGAAAGAGUUUACGUUUACAAGGGCUCGCUCAGUCGACCAUAAUAGAAAUAGUUUCUGUUCAGGUGCCAGCACAAACGCCAGCAUCACCAGCAAAAGAUAAAGUACUCUCUACCUCAGAAAAUGAAAUAUCUCAAAAAGUCAGUGACUCCUCAGUUAAACGAAGGCCAAUAGUAACUCCUGGUGUAACAGGAUUGAGAAAUUUGGGAAAUACUUGCUAUAUGAAUUCUGUUCUUCAGGUGUUGAGUCAUUUACUUAUUUUUCGACAAUGUUUUUUAAAGCUUGAUCUGAACCAAUGGCUGGCUAUGACUGCUAGUGAGAAGACAAGAUCUUGUAAGCAUCCACCAGUCACAGAUACAGUAGUAUAUCAAAUGAAUGAAUGUCAGGAAAAAGAUACAGGUUUUGUUCGCUCCAGACAAUCAAGUCUGUCAUCAGGACUAAGUGGUGGAGCAUCAAAAGGUAGAAAGAUGGAACUUAUUCAGCCAAAGGAGCCAACUUCACAGUACAUUUCUCUUUGUCAUGAAUUGCAUACUUUGUUCCAAGUCAUGUGGUCUGGAAAGUGGGCGUUGGUCUCACCAUUUGCUAUGCUACACUCAGUGUGGAGACUCAUUCCUGCCUUUCGUGGUUACGCCCAACAAGACGCUCAGGAAUUUCUUUGUGAACUUUUAGAUAAAAUACAACGUGAAUUAGAGACAACUGGUACCAGUUUACCAGCUCUUAUCCCCACUUCUCAAAGGAAACUCAUCAAACAAGUUCUGAAUGUUGUAAAUAACAUUUUUCAUGGACAACUUCUUAGUCAGGUUACAUGUCUUGCAUGUGACAACAAAUCAAAUACCAUAGAACCUUUCUGGGACUUGUCAUUGGAGUUUCCAGAAAGGUAUCAAUGCAGUGGAAAAGAUAUUGCUUCCCAGCCAUGUCUGGUUACUGAAAUGUUGGCCAAAUUUACAGAAACUGAAGCUUUAGAAGGAAAAAUCUACGUAUGUGACCAGUGUAACUCAAAGCGUAGAAGGUUUUCCUCCAAACCAGUUGUACUCACAGAAGCCCAGAAACAACUUAUGAUAUGCCACCUACCUCAGGUUCUCAGACUGCACCUCAAACGAUUCAGGUGGUCAGGACGUAAUAACCGAGAGAAGAUUGGUGUUCAUGUUGGCUUUGAGGAAAUCUUAAACAUGGAGCCCUAUUGCUGCAGGGAGACCCUGAAAUCCCUCAGACCAGAAUGCUUUAUCUAUGACUUGUCCGCGGUGGUGAUGCACCAUGGGAAAGGAUUUGGCUCAGGGCACUACACUGCCUACUGCUAUAAUUCUGAAGGAGGGUUCUGGGUACACUGCAAUGAUUCCAAACUAAGCAUGUGCACUAUGGAUGAAGUAUGCAAGGCUCAAGCUUAUAUCUUGUUUUAUACCCAACGAGUUACUGAGAAUGGACAUUCUAAACUUUUGCCUCCAGAGCUCCUGUUGGGGAGCCAGCAUCCCAAUGAAGACGCUGAUACCUCGUCUAAUGAAAUCCUUAGCUGAUCCAAAGACAAUGGGGUUUUCUUCCUGUGAUUUAUAUAUAUACUUUUUAAAAGACUGAUGUACCAUUUUAAACUUCAUUUUUUCUUGUGAAUCAGUGUAUACUACAUUUAUACAUUUUAUAUCUAACAAUUUUUUUUUUUUUUACAAAGUAUAAAUGUGUAUAUCAACUGAAGGUAACUACUUUUUUCAAAUAUUUGGAGUUUUAAACUUUUGGUGUUUACCUCAGACUGAUGUUACCUCUUUUAUAUUUUUAUGUCUUAAUUGGCUCGGAUGAUGAACUUGUGCAAUCUUCUACCAACAAAGUUCAAGUGGCAUCAUUUUAUAUACAUGUAUCUUUUUCAGGUAUUUUCUAUACAAAUUCUUAAUAGAUGGAAAAUUAGACUCUACUUUGGUCACUAAUAGUCUUUCAUUUGUAUAUUGAAGUUACCUUGCCCCUUGGAGUUAUUGAAGUGACAUGUCAAGGUAUCACCUAAAUAUUCUUCAGUCACACUCACUGGUAUUUCUGAGGCUUUGUGUGUUAACAGGCCUUGUAAUUGACAUUAUUUUGGUUAAUGUAACCUCAAAAUUGUUUUAGUAAUUGCUCUUUGGCAUAGUCAAACUAUAAAUGAAAAUGGCAGCUUUACAAAUAGUAUAUUUAAGUGAACUCUGGAACUAUGGACAUGAAAAAAUGAUGGCUGGGAUUUAUGAUUUUUGUCUGGCAGCAAACAGGUUUGUCCAGAAGUCUAAUAAUUAAGCAGUCAUAAAAAGUCUGAAUUUAGCAAACCAGUGUAUGAUGUUAUUCAAAUAGUUUACCUUGGGUAUGAGUUCAUUUUAUAAUGUCUGAUGACAUUAGAUCUCUUAAAACUUUAUGUAUUUUUUUAGUUCAAAGGAAUAGAGUCUUGAAGAGAAAAAAUUAUAGGGCAGAAAAGGUAAGUGUUCAAAAUUGGCAACUGGACUAUUAUUAUGUCUAGCAUCUCAUUCUAAAUAACUAAAGCUUGAUUUACUCUUGCUAGGAUUAUAUGACUACUAGGUAGGAGCCUCUUAAAACACUGGCCCUGAGCAUUAAAAAAAAAAAAACUAAAAGCUAUCUAAACUUGAAAAAAAAAAAAUACAGUGUGAGUCACUCUUUUUCUUCUUCUCUGAUAAUCUCACUGGGUUUCUUUAAAGAAGUCCUGUUGCUGCUAACUUUAUCUUAUUUGGAGAGGGUAGAAUCAACUAAUCUCUGUAGACCAGCUAUGUAGCUAAGCUCUGUUAACCACAGGAAGAUCAUGUAUCCUUUUUUUUAUAAGUGGGUUUAUUUGCAGGUUGAAGUCUUAGUGAAAGAUAAUAUCCUGUAGAAUGCUGUUCACCACUAGUGAUCAUCUGUUUGUUAAGUACAAACUUGAAAGAGAUCUCUACCAAUAAGUUUUUCUUAAAUUUCACAAAACAAGUCAUCUGGGUUAGCUGACAGUGAGGUGCAGUGAGACUUUUAUCACUGAACAGACAAAUCAUUUGUGCCAAAAAUACAUCUGGAAUAUUAAAUGGCUAUGUUUAAAAUUGUUCAUAAUACCUAUGCAAGUUGUUACCUCAACUGUUACACACUUAAUACCUCAUUAAAAAUUUACAUGGUCAAGA